AUGUCUCCAAUAAAGGACUUCACUAUGAGAUAUGAAGCUCUCAACCCAGAGAGCUUCUUCUCCCAGGGCGACACCAUCACAGGCACAGUGACUGUGACUUUGACUAAAGACACCAAGGUCAAGAGCCUCUUCCUCAAAGCCAAAGGGGACGCGCGCGUCCGCUGGACAGAUGUAGACGGAGAGGAUGUGGUAAUGCACCGCGCGACCAAGAGAUAUUUCAAAGUGAAAGAAUACCUGGUCUCAGAAGCUUUCAAAGACACUGUACUUCCCCGAGGAGUCAAUCACUUCAAGUUCAACCUUACAAUCCCCCUGGUGGACAUGCCAUCAUCGUUCAAGGGGCGUCAUGGAAAGAUCGUGUACACGCUCGAGGCUAAGCUGUCCAGGUCCUGGCAGUGGCCUUUAAGACGACAAUGCGAGAUCAGGUUUUUUUUCAAAUACGGUUCAGUGAACAAAGACAUGGGGAUUUUUUCGAAGAGAGAGGUCAAAAUGUUUGCGACUGUCGACAGACGGAUUUACUCUCCAGGUGACACUGUGUCAGUUUUUGUCAACAUCCACAACUCCUCUUCCAAACAAAUGAAGCCCAAAUUCAGUUUACGGCAGGAAACAAUGUACAGCACCAGAGCCUCCACUAAAACUUGUGACACAAUUCUAUGCAAAAUGGUUGGGAACAAAAUCAGUGCGAAAUCACAGGAAAUGGUCUCCUGCCAGUUGAAGAUUCCUGAUGAUACCAUCUACACCGUCGUGAACAGUGAGCUUGUCUCAGUUCAAUAUUACCUCAAGGUGUAUUUGGACAUCAGCUUUGCUACUGACCCAGAGGUGGUGUUUCCACUGGUCAUCGCUCCCUCUUCCAUUGCUAACGUAGUGCUUCGAGAGGCUGUGGAGACGAACCCAGCUGGUGCCUCUGGGGGCCCGAGCUAAAGCGACUUCCCUCCCUCUGCUUUACCUGCCGAAAAUCACACAUAACAAUCAGUGGCCACACAACUAUGCUUCUCCAUACAGUUUUUCCACAUGCGUCCUUCCUCUGAUGAUGUUACUCAUUCUGAGAUACAACUGUCCUUUACUGCUCCUUCAGAAUAGUAAUAAUCAGAGUAAUAAUUUACUGGCAAUUAGAACUCAGGGAAUCCAGAAAACUAAAACUCAGGGAGAAAAGUAGACUAAAGAGGGAACACAAGUCUCUCAAAGGUUCACAGGGGCGGACUCAUGAUACAUAAUUUGGUUUGGGGACUGAGGAGGGAACAACCUAGAUAUUUUCACUUGGUCCUUAACUUUUAAUUUUGAUCUUUAUUUAUUCAUGCACAUGUAAUGGAAAAUUCCACUGAUCAAUGUCUUACUACUGUUUUGACUGUUUUCUGUGCACUUAGCUGAUGCAACCUCAAAGUUCCACCACCUGUUGACCUUUAUUUGUGCAACUGUGUGCUGGGUUUGAUUCCUCUUUCUGUAACAGUGAUGCCAGACAGCAGACGUUUUCCUGUCGGCUUUCUGUUUUGUUUCAUGUU